AUGGGAGUAGUGGUCAAAGUCAUAGCUGGAGAGUCAAUGGGAAUUAAAUCUCCUUUCUACACAACAACACCAAUCAUGUACCUUGACUUUACCCUCAAACCAGGAUCUCAAACUCACCAGACCGCUUUCGCCUACAUUAUAGAUGGCGACGAAGGUGUGUUCGGUUCCUUGAACUCUUCCGCUAUAUCGGGGCACCAUGUUGUUGUGUUUGGAGUUGGGGAUUUAGUUAGCGUGUGGAACAAGUCAACGUCAAAGCCGUUGAGGUUUCUGUUGAUUGCAGGGGAACCGAUCGGUGAGGCUGUUGUUCAGUCGGGUCCGUUUGUGAUGAAUUCACAGGCAGAGAUCGAUGUGGCUUAUGAGGACUAUCAGAAUGCUAAGAAUGGGUUUGAAAUGGCUACGUGUUAA